AUGAUAGUCAUUGAUGGAACACUUUCUGCGACGUUGCCAAUCACAGCGUCGCACGAAGGCUCCGGUUUCGUGAUCGAAGUGGGAAGUGCCGUGGAGAACUUUAAAGCCGGUGAUCGUGCGAUGAGUGGAGUGCCGCUCAAUCCAUGUGGACACUGUGAGGACUGUCGUGGGCCUGAAGAUCAAGUUCAAUACUGCAAACAUACGACAGGGGCUAUCGGGCUAGGUGUGGACGGCGCCUUCUCCGACUAUCACGUCGCAGACAGCAGGACCACUUGUUUGAUUCCGGACAAUGUAAACCUCGCAGAAGGUGCCGCACUGGCGUGUGCAGGUUGUACGAUAUAUUGUGCAGUCAAGACUAGUAGGCUCGUAUCAGGUGGAUUUCUCGCGAUCGUUGGAGCUGGUGGAGGUCUAGGACACCUUGGAGUGCAAUUUGCACGGGUGAGGGGCAUUCAGGCAAUAGGUAUCGAUGCUCAGGAUGCAGCUCUUGGAUUAUGCACAACUGUGGGGGCAAAUUAUGUGAUUGAUGCGAGAGAAGGCCAAGAGACACCUGUCGCUAAAGUACAAGAGAUCGCCGGGGCUUCCGGAGCAGACGCUACAUUGAACUUGAGUGCUCACUCCACAGCUACCGUAACUUCCUGCGCCGUGACUAGAUGUCACGGCACCAUGAUGCAGGUUGCUUGUCCGCAGCAAACGACAAUCUCUAUCUUCGAUCUCGUUUCCGCGAUGUUACAGUCAAAGAUUCCAUGCUAG